UUCUCAGUGUUCGCUCUUCAAACUCAAACAAUUCUUGUGUUGAGAAAAAAAAAUUGUUUGAAUUCUUUCAUUCGAUUCAACAAAAAGCAAUGGCUGGAAUUGUUGUGGUUUUCGAUUUCGACAAGACGAUCAUUGAUUUGGACAGCGAUAAUUGGGUAGUAGUGGAUGAAUUAGGUGCCACGGAUUUGUUCAAUCAACUUCUCCCUACCAUGCCAUGGAACUCUCUUAUGGAUAGGAUGAUGAAGGAACUUCAUGAACAAGGCAAAACCGUCAAGGACAUUGAAGGAGUACUGAAACACGUACCUGUAAUUCCCGGUGUUGUUUCAGUCGUUAAAGCAGCUCAUGCUUUAGGAUGUGAUUUGAGGAUAGUAAGCGAUGCGAAUGUCUUCUUCAUUGACACGAUUUUGAAUCAUCUUGGAAUACAUGAUUGCUUCACGGAGAUCAACACAAAUCCGAGCUACGUUGAUGAAGAAGGAAAACUCAGAAUCCUUCCUUACCAUGAUUUUCACACUUGCUCUCAUGGCUGCAACAACCAUGUUUGCCCUCCCAACAUGUGCAAGGGCCUGGUAAUAGAAAGAAUGCAAGAAGCUUCAUUGGCUAAGGAAGGGAAGAAAAGAAUGAUCUAUCUCGGUGACGGACCAGGAGAUUUUUGUCCAAGCUUGAAGCUCAAAGAGCAUGAUUACGUUAUGCCUAGAAAAGAUUUUCCAGCCUGGAAAUUAAUAAACGAAAACCGCCAUCUCAUAAAAGCAGAAAUCCACGGGUGGGCAAAUGGAGAAGAGCAACAACACAUUCUGCUUCAGAUAAUUAAAGCGAUUACUAUUCAUGAAGAGAGGCAAUUUUUAUCAGUUGACAGCAAGUUCCAGACGAUUCCGAUUAAUGCAGCUCAUCAUGAAGCCUUGCCAAAAGCUCUCCCUGUGCGUUACUAA